UUCCUCUCGCUCCCGAGACCAACCAAACCAAACCCCUGCUUCUUUCUCCCUCAAAACCUCCUCCGCUUUCUCUCUCUUUUUUCUUCCCCCGAAUGCCCGAGCGAUAGGCAAUAGCGGGCCGCGGCGGAAUCCCUACUCCUCCUCCCCUGCGACGAUGAGGUCCUCGCCGCCUCCGGCCCCGGCGGCGGAGCUGGUGCCCCCGUGGCUGAAAUCGCUGCCCCUGGCGCCCGUGUUCCGCCCCACCGCCGCGGAGUUCGCCGAUCCCGUGGCCUACAUCCACAAGAUCGAGGCCGCCGCGGCGCCGUACGGCAUCUGCAAGGUCGUGCCGCCGCUCCCUCCGCCGCCGAAGAAGGCCGCCCUCUCCAGCCUCUCCCGCUCCUUCGCCGCGCUCCACCCGGAUGACCCCUCGCCGUCCUUCCCCACGCGGCACCAGCAGCUCGGGCUCUGCCCGCGCCGCCCGCGCCCCGCGCUCAAGCCCGUGUGGCGCUCCUCCCACCGCUACACGCUCCCGCAGUUCGAGUCGAAGGCCGCCGCCGCCCGCAAGUCGCUCCUCGCCCGCCUCAACGUCCCUGCCUCCAAGCAACUCACCCCGCUCGACCACGAGGUGCUUUUCUGGCGCGCGUCGGCCGACCGCCCCAUCGUGGUCGAGUACGGUAGCGAUAUGCCGGGCUCGGGAUUCUCCCCCUGCGCCGCGCAGCCGCCGGCGGCGGCGGCACGGGCCGGGGAGCACGUUGGGGAGACGGCGUGGAACAUGUGCGGCGUGGCGAGAAGCCCCGGAUCGCUGCUGCAGUUCAUGCGGGAGGAUGUCCCCGGAGUCACCACGCCGAUGCUCUACGUCGGGAUGAUGUUCAGUUGGUUCGCGUGGCACGUCGAGGACCACGAACUUCACAGCCUCAACUACAUGCACCUCGGGGCCGGCAAGACGUGGUACGGAGUGCCGCGCGACGCCGCGCUCGCGUUCGAGGAGGUGGUGCGCGAACAUGGCUACAGCGGGGAGGUGAACCCCUUAGAAACCUUCGCGACGUUGGGGCGGAAAACAACCGUGAUGUCCCCUGAAGUGCUUGUGGACAUGGGUAUCCCCUGCUGCAGAUUGGUGCAGAAUGCAGGGGAGUUUGUGGUCACUUUUCCAGGAUCUUAUCACUGCGGUUUCAGUCAUGGAUUCAACUGUGGGGAAGCAUCAAAUAUAGCUACUCCUGAAUGGUUGAGAAUAGCAAAAGAGGCAGCUAUCCGAAGAGCCUCAGUCAAUUGUCCUCCCAUGGUUUCCCACUAUCAAUUACUUUACGAACUUGCACUGUCCAUGCGCUUUAGGGAACCAUCUAGUGGGGAAAUGGGAACACGAAGCUCUCGAUUAAAGGAUAAGAAGAAAUGUGAAGGAGAACAAUUGGUCAAGAGGAUGUUCAUCCAGAAUGUUAUUGAAGAUAAUAAAUUACUUAGUCAUCUUCUGAAUGAUGGAUCAUCUUGUAUUAUUCUUCCAUCAAAUGCCUAUGGUGGUCCUGUUUUUUCUGCUUUGCACUCAAAAUAUCAAUCAAAAUUGAAUUCCGGAAUAUCACAUGACCUAUGCAACAUGGAAGAAGCUCCAGAAGCCUCAGGAUGCUUAUCAUUGAAUAGGAAUGGUGAUACCAGACAUUGUAUUUCAUCAGAUAUGCGUAACAUGGAAGGUGAUAAGGGAGAUGGAUUAUUAGAUCAGGGUCUAUUAUCAUGUGUCACUUGUGGAAUUUUAAGUUUUUCGUGUGUGGCUGUACUCAAACCAAGAGAUUGUACAGCACGAUACUUGAUGUCUGCUGAUUCUAAUUCAAUUAAUAACCAGCUUUGUAUUUCUGGAGGUAGUACUCUUGCAGAUGCGAUAAUAAACGAAAGGAAUGGUGUCAUUUCUCGUCCAGGCUCUGAACGCUGUUGCAACAAAAAAAUGUCUGAUGAUGCGGAAAUCGAUAGAAAUUCUGCUCUUGAUCUCUUGGCAUUUGCUUAUGGGGGUCAAUCAGAUUCUGAAGAAGAUCCACUCAAGAAAAUACUUCAGGUCGCACAUAACUCCGAUCAAUUGUUGAGGGGCAUUAUCGAAUCACAACCUAAAAGUUCAAGUAAUGUUGGUUGUUUUGGAACCAAGCUGUCCUCAAGUAGCACAGAGUCCAAAGAAAUACCAUCUUCCCAGAACGCUCGUUGUAUUGGUAGCUCGGUUAUUUCAAAUGGACCAAAAGGUGUUCGCACAAGAAAUAAGUAUCAACUUAAGAUGGUACUUUCUGAAGGUUUUCAGGCAAAGGAUAUGUUUUCAGUGAAGGAAAAGAAGGUUCAACCAGAACCAUCAAGCUCAAAAGGCUCUGUUAAGGAGACAGUCGAUGGUGGCACAAAGAAUGAUGCUGGAUAUACAAUCUCUGUCAGUGAACACAGGGGUUCUACAGAGGAUAUGUAUUCAGCGAAGGACAAGAAGGUUCAAUCAGAAUCAUCAAACUUAGAUGGGACUGCUAAGGAGACAGUUGAUGUCAGUGGCACAGAGAAUGAUGCUAGAUGUAACAGCACUACGAUCUCUGUCAGUGAACACAGGGGUUCUACACCUAUGAUCAAUAGUUUAGCUACAUCAAUUGUGAAACCUGACAAGGAUUCAUCAAGAAUGCAUGUAUUUUGUCUUGAGCAUGCUAUUGAGGUUGAGAAGCAACUGCAUGCUAUAGGUGGUUCUCAUAUUAUUCUUUUAUGUCAUCCAGAAUAUCCCAAAAUAGAAGUGGAAGCAAGAUUGUUGGCCGAAGAAAUGGGAGUGAGAUAUGAUUGGAAGGGCAUUCAUUUUAAGGAGGCCAACAUGGAGGACAGGAAGAAAAUACAGGAAGUUCUACAGGAUGAGGAAGCGAUUCCUACAAGCAGUGAUUGGGCUGUAAAAUUGGGUAUUAACCUUUAUUAUAGUGCAAAUCUUGCCAAAUCUCCUUUAUAUAACAAGCAAAUGCCAUACAAUAGAGUCAUUUAUAGGGCAUUUGGCUGCAAUUCUCAAAAUGACUUGCCAGUUAAGUUGAAUACUUGUGAAAGGAAACAAAGCCACCAGAAGAAAAUAGCGGUUGCUGGGCGGUGGUGUGGGAAAGUAUGGACGUCAAAACAAGUCCAUCCAUACUUGGCUCACAGAGUUGAAAGCCAAGAAGGGGAAGAAGCAGAUAGAAUCUGUUAUUAUCGUGUUGAUGAGAAACACAAAGCUGAGCCAAUUGGGAAUUCUAGUAGAACGGAAGCCUCCAAAAGAAAGAGUAGCAGUUUGACAGACGGAACAGAAUCAAGCAAUAGAAGGGAGGAAAUACCUGGGGAGGAAACAAACACCAAGAGGCCCAAACAUUCUGAAGAGGACAAUCUCAGAGCUUUGGAAAGCGCUGCUGAAGUUGUGGCACCCUCACCAGCUGGAACAGUUCUCCGUAUUAGCUCCAGGAUUGCCAAUAGGGCAAAAAAGCUAAAAUCAAAGAUGGCAGAGGAUGAUGGCCCUUCUAACCAUCCAAAGUCUAACAUUGAGGAGAAGAGCAGUCAUGCUAGCGGUCAGAAAUCAAAUAUUCAAGAGGAAAAUGCUAAUUCUGCUAGCCAUUUGAGAGCAACACCACCAAAACAGAAGACUGAGGUAGAAGCAAAGAAGCAAACAAAAAUUCCAAAAGCUCCAAAGCAGGCAGUGGAGUACCCGUGCGAUGUGGAUGGUUGCUCUAUGAGCUUUCACACAAAGCGGGAUUUAUCUUUGCACAAGAGUGAUAUCUGCCCAGUGAAAGGCUGCGGGAAGAAGUUCUUCUCGCACAAGUAUCUGCUGCAGCACCGCAAGGUCCACACAGAUGAUCGUCCGCUGACAUGCCCAUGGGAGGGCUGCAACAUGGCAUUCAAGUGGCCAUGGGCAAGGACAGAACACCUCAGGGUUCAUACAGGCGACAGGCCCUAUGUUUGCCAUGAGCCCGGGUGCGCACAGACAUUCAGGUUUGUCUCAGAUUUCAGCCGCCACAAGCGCAAGACAGGUCAUUCGGUCAAGAAGAAGAAGAAGAAAGCAAAGAGUUGAGCUCAUAUGGCAGCAAUCUAUGGUAGAACUGGACGUAGUAGGAGGUAGUUUGUACAUUCUACUUCACUAGUUUAGCACUGAUCUCUCUAUCUAACGGAUUCUACUGGCACCACAAUCAGUGUGCCUGUGUUAGUUUCUUAGUUUGUUAUGAUUACUAAUUCUCCUAGUUAGCCUUGCAUCCCUCAGAUGUUUGAUGUACACUUGCUUGCAUGGUUAACUAGCAAAUUCUAACGUUCUCAGAUUUACUGGUUGGCGUGUGGAUGGCAACUAGAUUCUGGUUCUGUAUGAUGUUGCUGUU